AUGGCCCAUAUCCACGAUCUGGCUCCGCAGGUUGCCGACAACUACGCUGAAGGACGCAGAGUCAAUGACCAAGCCAAGUUCCCCAAGACUGAGGUCUUUUCCGGGUUCAAUGCGCCAUGUCGACUCGAAGGGGAUGUGUUUGACCUGGAGGUAGACGGAAAGAUUCCUGCUGAGAUUGAUGGCACGUUCUAUCGCAUCCAGCCGGAUCAGAGGUUUCCUCCGAUCUUCGAGGACGACAUCCACUUCAAUGGCGAUGGCGCGGUCACAGCUAUCAGGAUCCAAGACGGCCACGCGCACUUCAAGCAUCGCUAUGUCAAGACCGAUCGAUACCACCACGAGACUGCGGCUGGCAAAGCACUCUUCGGAAGGUAUCGGAACGUCUACACCGACGACGAGGCCGUGAAAGGAGUCAUUCGCACGGCAGCCAACACCAACAUCGUCUUUUGGAGAGGGACGUUGCUGGCCAUCAAAGAAGAUGGCCCUCCAUUCGCCCUGGAUCCUGUCACGCUCGAGACCAUUGGACGGUAUGAUUUCGAAGGUCAGGUCAAGUCGCCGACGUUUACUGCGCAUCCGAAAUUCGACCCUGUCACUGGUGAGAUGAUUUGCUUUGGCUACGAAGCUGUCGGUAACGGAAAUGAUGCCAGUUGCGAUAUCGUCGUUUAUACUAUUGAUGCCAACGGGAAGAAGACGGAGGAGUGCUGGUAUAAGUCUCCGUUCUGCGGCAUGAUUCAUGAUUGUGGCAUAACGCAGAAUUAUGUGAUUCUGCCAUUGACGCCGUUGAAGUGUUCGCUGGAUCGUCUCAAACAGGGUGGUAAUCAUUGGGCUUGGGACCCCAACGAAGACCAGUGGUAUGGAGUCGUGCCGAGGCGGAAUGGCAAGCCUGAGGAUAUUAAGUGGUUCAGGUCUGACAAUGCAUUCCACGGCCACGUUGCCAGUGCCUACGAGAACGAACAGGGGCAUAUCGUCUUCGAUCUCGGCGUUUCGGAUGGCAACGUGUUUUUCUUCUUCCCACCUGAAGACACUCCUGCCGGAACGCAACUCAAGCGCCCUCAAGUCGAAACCAGUACCCAGCGUUGGAUUCUUGAUCCCAAAGCACCCAACGAGAGUCGAGUCAAGCCGGCCAAGAUCUGGAACACCAGCGGCGAGUUUUCACGGAUUGACGAUCGGUAUGUGACGAAACAUUACAAUCACUUCUGGCAAGCUCGGAUCGACGGAUCACGCGAGUAUUAUUUUGAAGCCUGCGGUUCGCCUGCUGGUGGUCUAUUCAACUGCUUAGGUCACUACAACUGGAAUGACGGGACUGAGGAUGUCUGGUGGGCUGGUCCACGAGCGACUGUGCAAGAGCCGGCUUUUAUUCCGCUAAGCUCUGAUGCUGGUGAAGGUGAAGGUUGGCUGAUCGCGUUGAUCAAUCGACUGGACGUCCUACGCAAUGAUAUCGCCAUUUUCGAUGCACAGAAGCUGUCUGCUGGCCCUGUGGCGGUGUUGCACUUGCCUUUCAAGCUCAAAAUCGGCUUGCAUGGGAACUGGGUGGACGAAGGGGAGCGUAAAGAGUGGGAGGCCCUUAGGAGGAAGACUGCAAGAUUGGGACCUGUUAAGCCUGCUACUGAGCCUUUAACCUGGCAGCCGAACGAGCCGAGGCUCUAUACCGAACCGCAGGAGAUCAGAGAUUGA